AUGGCCGCCACACAGCCAGCACAACCAGACCAGCAGCCACCCGGCGCGCAGCCGCUUAUUGGCACCCAGAACCUCGACACCCUACAGAGCAUGCUGAACCUGGUCUUCCUGCAAUCCGGGCGCUUCAUCAAAGAACACCAAUCAGGCGGCGGCACUGGUCGCCAGAAACUGGCGUUUCAGCGCGCGGUACCAAUCGCAACAGAACGCUGGCACGAUGCGCUCGACGAGCUGGAGAACGAAGUGCGCCUUGCGCAAGUAGUGCUGCGCAGAGACCUUGCGUUGCUGAAGCAGGACCGCAAGAAGCGCGAAAUAGCCGCGAAAGAGAAAGAAGCAGAGAAAGCGAGACUAGCAGCUGAAUCCCGCAACGUCGGAACCUCCAUCAAGCUGCCAGACCCCGUGGUGGAGAAGGUCUCUACCCCAGUGCAAUCCGAAGCGCCCACAGAAACCAAACUCGAGCAGGAACCCUCACCCGAAAAGCCCUUGAAGCGCGAAGAAGAAAACGUGCCCCCGCCAAUCGACACAUCUGUCACCCAGGAAACAGAACGCGACCCCCUCUUCGACGGCACGCCCACGACCGCAAACCCGCAGGAAAACGAAUUCGACUUCGACGCCAUGUUCGGCGACGCAAUGGAUACAUCUGGCGACAAUAAUAACCAGGACAAUAUGAUGGACACGUCGGGAGAUAUGGACUUCAACUUCGACGAGAGCCCUUCUCUGCUGCGCGGCCUCGAGGACUUUGCAAAGGAUAGUGUUGAUAGUUCGACUGCGCAGAAUACUGGAACCAUGGACGUCGAUAUUGACAUGACUAUGCCCGACCUGCCAGACCUGAACACGAGCGCUGAACCGCCCGCGCCCGUCGAACAACCAGCGCCGCCGAAAGAGCCGACGCCUCCGCCGCCACAGCCACCUGCUGAACCUGCUCCUGCUCCUGCUCCUGCUCCUGCUGCUGAGGCUGAGGCUGAGGCUGCCAACAACGAUACUGCGAACAACGAGGCUAAUAACGACGAUCUCAUGGGCGGCAUGAUGACGGAGAACCUCGAUGAUUUGUUCAACAUGGACGAGUAUGCGAAUCCGGAGCAAUCGUCUUUUGACGACGCGUUCUUCAAUUUCGAAUAG